GUAUCAGGUUUUGGCUGUGGCAUCUGAAACUGGUGGCCGAGAAGAGUGUCAGAACAUAAAGUCAGGCAAGAGAGUGUCUGCUGAUUGGACGUACAACAUUGGAGAACAAGCUCUUGAUAUUGCAGUUGUGGAGUACCCAGAUGUAACGCCUUAUGUUCUUGUCUUAGGCGAGCGCCAUAUUUUCUGCCUGACUGAUAGCGGGGUGCUCAAGUUUGUCAAAAAGUUGGAGUACGAUCCAUCUUGUUUCCUUCCCUAUGCAUCAUUAUCACAGAACUCCAUCAACUUCUUGGUUGGAUCUCACACCAAGUCGCUGAUGGUCUAUCAGGAUGUGAUGCUCAAGUGGAUGGCCAAGAUGGAAUUUGUUCCUGUCCGAAUCCAAGUGGCAAACUUUGCUCUGUCAAACUCCUGGACAUUCUUUCUACAGCUUCUCUGGUCAGAGUCUGGCAAACUCAUGGACAUACUUUCUACAGCUUCUCUGGUCAGAGUCUGUCAAACUCAUAGACAUACUUUCUACAGCUUCUCUGGUCAGAUGAUCACCCCAUCCUUGAAGACAGAGGAUGACUUGUCCCUCAACGUUCAUGUCAGCCCAAACCUAGAUGACGUUUCUCUGGCCUCUGGUGUAGAAUUCUCACAGGAAGGGGAUGUGCCGUCUGUCACACUUAGGAUUCAAAUGAAGAGUCGACUUGUGUUGCAAUUUGUAAAGUUGGAAGUUCACUGCCCUUGGCCCCUGGCAUGCAACCAAUCAGAUUUUACCUUGUCAGAAAUAAAUCCUAAUACACCAUCUGAAACUUUUGUUGCCGUAUUCCAACGUUUUCACGGCCUGCCCUCGCACAUGGAAGUCCAGGUGUCAGCCACAUAUUCUUCCGCUACAGGUGGUCGGAGAGUGAUAAUGGUCAAAGCACAUCUUCCUGCCAAGCUGGUACUGAAGCCUGUGUUCCCUGUGAAGGCUGCAGUUCAUAAACUGACCAUCGACACCAACAGACCAGCGGUCAGCCUUAAUGACUUAUUCCCAG